GGGACUCCAAUCGCUCCCCCAGAUUCCUAGCUCAACUUCCAGAGCUGACGUCAGCGGGCAGCCUUGGCAGUUCUCGCCGCUCCGGACAUAACGCUGUAAAAAUGCUGCUCUCCGUACCGCCAAGGACAGGAAUCAACCCAUACAACGGCUAUAACAGCAGAAACAGCAAAAAGCAAGCCUAUGUGUCCUCCAGCCAGCAGAUGGCGCCCCCCAGUCCCAACACCAACAGUAGCAGUAACAGCAGCAGUGGGGGAGGCGAACAGCUGAGCAAAACGAACCUGUACAUCCGUGGUCUCCACCCGGGUACCACAGACCAGGACCUGGUCAAGCUCUGCCAGCCGUACGGGAAGAUCGUUUCCACUAAGGCCAUCCUGGACAAGACCACCAACAAGUGCAAAGGUUAUGGCUUUGUUGAUUUCGACAGUCCAGCUGCCGCGCAGAAGGCGGUGACCGCCCUGAAGGCCAGCGGCGUCCAGGCACAGAUGGCCAAGCAACAAGAGCAGGACCCGACCAAUCUGUACAUCUCUAACCUGCCGCUCUCCAUGGACGAGCAGGAGCUGGAGGCCAUGUUGAAGUCCUUCGGCCAGGUCAUCUCCACCCGCAUUCUCCGUGACGCCAACGGGACCAGCCGCGGCGUGGGCUUCGCCAGGAUGGAGUCGACCGAGAAGUGUGAAGCCAUCAUUCAGCAUUUUAAUGGCAAAUACAUCAAAACUCCCCCUGGUGUCCCAGUGCCCACGGAACCCUUGUUGUGUAAAUUUGCGGAUGGGGGACAGAAAAAGCGACAGAACCAGGGGAAGUACCUACAGAAUGGGCGGCCCUGGACCAGGGACGGGGAGACGGGAGGAAUGACGUUAACGUACGACCCCACAGCCUUACAGAACGGAUUCUAUUCGUCCCCCUACAGUAUCGCCCCAAAUCGAAUGAUUGCUCAGACGUCCAUUUCCCCAUAUAUGCAUUCUCCUGUCUCCUCCUACCAGGUACACAGUCCAUCCUGGAUGCAUCACCAGUCGUACCUCAUGCAACCAGCGGGGACCGUCCUGACCCCCACGUUGGACCACGCCAUGUCCAUCCAGCCCACCUCCAUGAUGAGCCCCCUCACGCAGCAGCUCAGCCACCUCUCCCUGGGCAGCACCGGCACGUAUAUGCCCGCAAACACAGCUAUGCAAGGGACGUACAUCCCACAGUACACCACGGUGCCUCCUUCCAGCGUCUCAGUAGAGGACAACAGUGGUCAGCAGCAACAGGUUGCUAUAGAAACACCCUCAGAACACACGAACUACUCCUACCAGCAUAGCAAGUGAAGCAGAGAAGAGUUUCUACUUCUUCCCUUCAUCAGCUCUUCAAGGAGGUACAUUCUGGAGUGGGGUCAGGAGAUUCCCGCUCAGAGCCUGACAGUGGCUUCGGUCCCUAUGUACCAGGACACUAUGCACCAGGACUUUUACACAGAAGACAAAAAAAGGAAACUCAUUUCUUUCCGAGAGGACAAACACUUAUUUCGUCAGGCUUUUUCUUUUUUUUUUUUUUUUUCUUUUUUUUCUUUCUUCGGGAGUCAAGCAACCAAAGGUGGGGGAUGUCCACGAAGGAGAACCAACUUCUUUGUAUUUUGCUAACAGAAAAUCAAAGAAACAAAACAUUGAAAACAGGAUAACAAAUAGAGAAAGGGGGAAAUAACGAAAGCGUUACUUUUGUGCACGCAGUAUAGCGAGUUUUUUUUAAUUUUAUUUUAUUUUUUUAACAUUCUGGAGUUGCAGAACGAGACAAGGAAAGAAAGUUACAACACGACGUGUCUUUUUUUAAGGUUUCUUUUUGUAAAAUAUUCAGACUUUUAUUUUUUAGUUGUGUCUGUUUUUUGACAUUUUAUUAGCUGCAGUAGGACAAUUUUUGUACAGAUUCUAAAACUCGAACAAUGCAUUUUGUCCAGUUUUGCAAUGUAGGUUUGAUAUCAUUAUUGUACUUUUAAAAAUGAAACAUUUAAACACAAACCGCUUAAAGCUACUACUUCCAGUCCGUUCCAAAUUGAAAAACAUAGCUGAACAGCUUCCAUUAAGUUGAGAGGCAGAGCAUCUGGAGAGCAGAAAUAAUUGAAAAUGCAUGGAGUUACGCUAGAUGGUUAGGAUUAUUUAAAAUAGUCUUUUAAAUCACCGACCAUGUAACGGAUUCCCUCAUAUACAAUACCAAGAGUAUUUUUAUUAAGAGCAAAAGACAAUCAUGACUAUUUUUCUAUUUAUAUUUUGGUCAUAGUUCUAUUUUUUUAGAGUGUAAAAGGAGAAACACAAACGUAUCAUGUAUAGUUUAUUUAAUUAGCCUAUUUAACAAAGUAUGUAAAUACUUAACAUAGACAGAGGUUAGACAGCUUUCUAUCUGGAUAAGGGUCGAUGCUUAUUUGAGAUUUUAGAUGUUCUAUUCACAAACAGGUAUCCAGUUAUCAUGAAAAUAGGUAAAUUCUACUCUAACUCUGAAGCCAACAUGUGAGGAGAUUUUCAUUGGGUUAUUUCUAUAAAUAAGAAUCUGUUUCAAUUUUUUGAGUACCUUCUUGUCAUAAAACUAAAGUCCAUAAUGUAGAAGAUUUGUUGUUCCCUUUAGGGGAAAAAAUCUUAAAUAUUUUGUUCUAAUGUAUUUUGAAGUUUAAAGAAAUCAGAAAUCAUGCCCCCCAUAAAAUUACUAAUGUUUUUAUUUUAUUUAUAAGAAAACACUUCCUAUGAAUCCUAUGAAUUUCAUGCUAUAGCAUGAAAGAAAAUAUGAGAUAUCUGCAGUAGCAAACAGGAAGGACUGAUGCUCAUGCAACAUAAAUCAUUCAAAUUAUAAUGACAUUAAACUGUGUCAAUUCAGUCAUAACUGUUACGAAAUUAUGUUGUCCAUCAGAAAUGUGAGGACUAUGUGGCAUGAGCAGAAUUAAAUAUUAUCCAAAAGUUAUAUCAUUUCCCUCUAUCAAAGCCCCUAUAUAUGAUGUAGUUAUAUAUUAGUAGCCUAAGCAAUACUCAUCUCUUAGACAGCCUGUGGCAGUGCAAUCAAUACUCUCAUAUUUGUGUGUUGUAAGACGCAUCGACAAGCUACCCUUUGAGAAAGGGAUACCGGCUGUCAACACAAUAUGAGAGUUUAUCACGUGCAGAAGUUAAACAAUUUAAAAGCAUAUAAUGCUGUAUAGAGCCUAACAAUCUGACCAUACUCAGAAAAUGAACUUUCCGGAAUACCCUCAAGAACGGCAUUUAAAUCACUUAUUCGAAUUUAAAACAGGAAGUCAUUGCUCAUUAUUGCGAUCAUUUAAUUGUUGCCGUAAAGUCAUAUAUAUAUUUGUUUUGUAUAAACACACUGUGCAUUUUUUGUGGAGUGUUCUGUGGUGUUGAAUCGUUCUCCAACACACUUGUGUUAACUAAGCAUACGAAUAUCUCUGCUCUUAUAACAGUGAACGGUGCUACCGUAGCUCCGCACUGACAGCCUCCCCAGAAUACCCGCCGGCCUGCUCUGCGGGCAGGUGCCAGUAUUGCAGAGCACCGCGCCGAAGAAGUGGUUUUAAGCGGUUUCGUUCUCGUAGUUGCUGAGAAGACUGUUGGGCAAUCUCGCUUUUUUUUUGCGUGGACGUACAGGUCCAGUAAAUAGUAAGUAAUAGUAAGUAAACGUGUACAAAAACACUACAGAGUUGCAUAAGAAACGAUUUUUAAAACAUGUCAAAUUACGGGAAUUUUGUUUUAAAAUUGAGCGCCAUGUUUUGUGUCCGAUAAUGUUUUGUUGUAGAUGGCGGGAGUAGCUGUGGGUGGUUUUAGAUUUUUGCUUUCACGAUGCUGCUGUUACUUUGUUUUACUCCUUUCUUUCAGAUUUUAAAAAGUUGUUUCUCUUGUGGGGCUUUUAAUUCACUUGAAAACUUUUUUUAGAUUUAUUGUCAUUUUUGUUGAAAAAAAUGUUUUUUUUAAAAAGAAAUUUCUUUAGAUAAUGUAGAUCUUUAAUAGGGAAAUAACUUUUUUAGGAGUGUAGCUUUUAGCUUUUUUUAAAAGAUUCAUAGGAUUUUGAAAUUAUGCUUUAGUCUGUUUGUACACGGUUUGUACACGGUCCAUGCAAACCACAAAUUUAUUUAAACUUUUCUUUCCCAUGUUUCUGAUACUGUGCAUCUUUUUCGUUUAAGUGUUCUUUCUCUUUCUCUCAUAUCCAAAAAGGGCUUUUCUGCAUUCUUGGGGGGAUAAUUUGCAAUGAAAACUUAUCUUUCUUGUCAGCUUUGGGCCAAAAGUAAAACAGCAGUCAAUCAUAUUAAAGUUACCAUAGAAUAUUUCAGAUUCUAAACUGGCAUGGCGCUGCUUUAUGGAAAAUGUUAGUCGCCUGUCUUACAAAUUUAAGAUUACAAUCUCCAAGCAGAUGUUACAAUUACAAAAAACUGAGGGAGAAGCAUUUGGUUUAUAAUUACAAGUCAGUCACCAUUACCUUACAAAUGCUUGAUCCAUCCAACCAGACGUUUUCCAUGCCUUUUCUUUCAUCAAACUUCUCAACAUUUUUAAAGGUAUGCUAUGCAGGAUUUUUAGCCUUGCUGUGGUCCUGUGCUUGCAAUCACUGAAGUCUCCUCCUCUGCCCUCAACCCCGCCCACACACCGCCAUUGAGGGCACUAUGGUUGGGGACACCCUUGAGCUCAGCAAGCAUAGCUAGCUGGAUAGCUAGAGGAAACGUUACUUACAAGGACUCCCACCCCACAGGUUCUGUAGCCACACCCACCCCUCCCCACACAGAAAAGAGUGUCACGCCCAGAAACGUCCCAAACUCAUCUUAAAAUGCA